GGGGGGGGGGGGGGGGUGUAUUUUGUAUGAAGAUUUCACAUAACGCCAGACUCUCCUCCUCAAGCUAAAUUUGAUAUUGGUAACCAACAUAAUAUUAGAUACCAUGGACCUCCGACCAUUAUUGUAUAUUAAGGAGCUAUUGACUCACGAAUUUACUUAUCAUUAAAAUCCAAUUUGUGAAAUAUUAGCAAUUAUAUUAUUUUUAGAAAUUAGUGCUAAUUUGUUGAGUAACUUCAUAAUAAAUUUAAUUACAAAAGAUUUUUUAAAAAACAAAAUUAAUACUAAGUGUCUAUGUUGAUUGCGAGCAAACAGACGCUCUUAUUGAUGUUGGAUAUGGAUGUGGAAGACAUGAGUGAUGCUAAAAGAAUAAGACUGGAUGAUAAAGUCGAGAUAAGAUCAAUUUUAGAUGAUACAUUUUCAACACUUCCUGAUUGUAGAAGCUACUACGCAGCCAAAAUUAUUGAUAAGAAGAAAACUAGUCUUUUUAUGAUAGAAUUAAAUCAAAAAAUACCACUAGACUGUAUUAGUUAUGUUAGGAGAGUCAACAUCAACAGUGAGAUUAUUCUUUGUUCUCUUGACGACAUCCAGCAAACUGAGAAUCUUAAAAGCUUCCUUCAAUCUAAGAAUAUCGAUGACAAUCUCAUAGAACUAAUGAUGACUGAAAUACGAAUUGUAAAGAUUCCAACAGCACAACCAAUAUUACGUUGGCAAUUCGAGAUAUUAACACGAGAAUGGCCGUGUAAAUUUCAUGAGAACAAAUAUUUGGAAAGUCUAUGGAAAAAUACUGUAUUUAAUCAGUCAGAUAUUGAUUAUCACCGUAGGAAUAUUGAAAUUUGCAGGUUUAUCUCAUUAGAACUUAAUGUCUAUAAUGUUGGAAUUGCGAUUAAUCCUUAUAAUAAAAGAAUUGUUGCUUUUGGAUAUUCAAAGACGAAAACUAAUCCGAUCAUGCAUUGUGUUAUGGAUUUAAUAGAUCAAGUAGCAAUCACUCAAAAUGGAGGAUGUUGGUCAACAGAACAUGACAAACGAUAUAAAGAAGUUGCUGAGAAAGUCACACAAAAAUUCUCAGUCGAGUUUGGAGAGUCUGAUUUUGAAAAAUCUGUAUCGAGCAUUGAUAAUUUACAUAAAUUCGGACCAUACCUUUGUACUGGCUAUUUAAUUUAUCUACUUAAUGAACCCUGCUUAAUGUGCUCAAUGGCUCUGACUCAUUCACGCGCCAAACGAGUUUUUUAUCAUCUAACAAGCAGCAAUGGUGCUUUAGGUUCUACAACAAAAUUUCAUACAAACAAGAAUUUGAAUCACCAUUAUGAAGUCUUUCAUGUUAUUUCAUGAUAAUGCAUUUCUUUGGCUUUUGGUUUACUGAUAAUUAUGUAGCUGAGGUCAUCAACAAUGUAAUUUUAAUGUAAAUAGAC